AUGAAGCCAGAGGAUUUGAAAAAGUCUCGGGUGAUACCAAGUGGUCCAUCGACAUCAGCUACUUCUGGAGGCAUCAAGGCAAAGUUAGACUUUCGAACGCCGACUGGAAUUCCACCAAAGCCCGCUCUGAACAGCACAGCGAAUCAUCCGUCUGUGCAAUCGUCACAACUCGUCCGUCCGCAUCUCGAUGACAAGUGGAAGGAAUUCGGCGAUUCUAUAGUUUUGAAUCUGGAAACUUUUGAGAAAAGUGUCGACGAUGCGAUUUUGGCGGGCAAUUUCAAUAAGGUGGCGCGCAUGUUCGUCGCCGCGUUGAAGAGCUUUUUGGAGGGCGAUAAACUGAAAAUUGAGCUCAGAUUAAUGGGAACUAUCGGGCUGACAGUGAAAACGCAUGGGGAUAAGCUGAAUGUGAGUUGA